CAGAAAAAUAAAGUUUUACCCCUCACCAUUCCGUAGCUUGGAAGAGAGCUUCAAGCUGCAACCCAUUUCACUGCCUCUGACUCUCUCACUCAAUCCCUCACUCACUCACUCACCACCACCGUCGCCGCCGCCACAACCACCAAUUUCCCGAAAAUGCAGCACGCAACGAGAGCUGAAGCAGAGAGGCUACUGGGAAUCGCAGACAAGCUUCUGCAGAACCGCGAUCUGAUGGGCUCACGCGAAUUCGCCAUCCUCGCUCAGGAAACCGAGCCUCUCCUCGAAGGCUCCGAUCAGAUCCUCGCCAUCGUCGACGUCCUCCUCGCCUCCGAGAAGCGCAUCAACAACACCAACCACCCUGACUGGUACGCCAUCCUCGGCAUCGAUCGCCGCUCCGACGACCUCGAUCUUAUCAAGAAGCAGUACCGCCGUCUCGCCCUCCUCCUCCACCCUGAUAAGAGCCGCUUCGCCUUCGCCGACCAUGCCUUCAAGCUCGUCGCCGAUGCUUGGGCUCUCCUCUCCGAUCCCCUCAAGAAGGGUCACUACGAUAAGGACCUCUCUAUGUUCUCCCGCGUUGACCUCUCCGUCCCCGGCUGGGUCAACCAGCAGGAGAAGUUGCCGGUCCGAAGGACCGGCCCUGGGUCCGGCUCCGGCACCCACCGGAACAGCGCCGCCGCCAGGGAUGAGAUCUCUGCGGAGGAGAACACUCGCCGGAGGAACAACAGCAACAGUAACAGCAACAACGCGAAGACGUUUUGGACGGCGUGCCCGUACUGUUACCGGUUGUAUGAGUACCCUAAGGUUUACGAGGGUUGCUGCUUGAGGUGCAUGAAUUGUGAGAGAUCCUUUCACGGUGUCGCUGUGCCGUCGCUGCCGCCGCUGGUGCCGGGGGAGGAAGCUUAUUAUUGCUGUUGGGGGUUUUUUCCGAUGGGGUUUGUCAUUGGAAGCUUCAAUGCAACGGAGAAAGAGGCUGCAGCUGGACCUGAGCCUGCAUCGGCACCAGCUCCGGCGCCAGCUCCUGUGCCGGUGUCGGCUCAGCCUCCUUCUUCGCUUCCGAAUUGGAUGCCUGCGCCAACGCCAAAUCCGGCUCCUCCGGUGGUGAAUGGUGGGAGUAGUGUGACACCGACGAGGGUUACUAGGGCUGCUGCUGCUGCAGCUUCUACACCUGCAGGUGUUCCAAAUGGGGUUGCUGGAACUGGGCCGAAGAAGCGGGGGAGGCCGCGGAAGUAUGUGUGAGGGGUACAUUUCGGGUUUUUUCUGAAGUAAUUGCUGAAGCUGAAAGUGAUUUUGAUGGUUGAAUAUGGAAGUGUUGUUGGCCUAACUUCCUCUCAGUUUGAAGCUGCUUCUGGGGGAUAGUUUGUAGGUAGUAAUCUUAUGUUGUUUAGCUUACUUGUUUUGUAGAUAUGGUUAACUUAAAAUUGUGUCAUAUUUUUGUGAUUGAUAUUGUUAAUUAUCUGGUAUCUGCCAUAGGGUUGAUGAA